AUGGCUCUUUCAAAAGGUCUGCAACUGUUGUUCGCGGUCGCAUUCCUGCUCUGCUCAAUGACCAACUUGCCAGUGCGUGGAUGGUUCUGGAGAGCGAAACUCAAACAUUUUCCAUGUCACGUUCCUGUACCUCCUGCACCUCUCUAUGGUGCUGUCCACAAGACUAGUCACACAAAAGGACUGUUUGUGUACACAAUGGUGACGUACACCUGUUUCAAUGGAUAUAAGCUGGUUGGAAGUAGCAGGAGAACUUGUUUAUAUAGGUGGCUGGGCACGGACCCUGUUUGCCAGUUGGCUGUGUUUGACUCUGUCAUGGGGACGUGCGAUUUUAGCUACAGCAACAAUUGUGUAUACGUCAACAGUGCUGACAAUGAGUUCUCGUGGAUCCAAGAGACAAUAACUACCACAGUAAACAACUUCACAACCGGACAAGACACUGCCCUUGAUAUACCAGGGCAUAAAUCUCUUAGUUUCCCAAAGAACGCUGAUUUUGUAGUGGAUCUAGGGACAACAAAGUCAGUAGAUGUUUUCAAAUCGACUUUAAUCACAGUGCCACUGCAGCUUGGAUCCAACGCUGGUAGCACAAAAAGACGAAGUCUGGUAGUUUCCAGUCCCAUUUUAAGGCACCAAGUACAUCAACUCAGCAGAAGAAGUGGUAACGCGAAGACAACCAAGACAACCAUUAUAGUUCUGUCUCCUACUCGAGUUGUGUCUAACCAGUUGUUUGAAGUUGGAGCGUUUAUCAAGCACAGCAGCAAUAACUACAUCAAGUUCACAUUUACAGCCAGCCAAGGUCUGGGUUAUGUCCUCGUCGUUUAUGCACACUGCCUCCCUGACCCACCAGGACACCUGGACCAAGUUGGGAGCAUAGAUCCUGUAGGACAGCACAAAACCUUCACGAUUUCUGCAUUGUCAUCUAGUGGAAGUCACACUGUCUGUCUCAACCUGAGGGACUCUGUAAGCUGCCACAAUUUUGCUAUGCGAUUCAGCGCCAGUAUUCUCCAUCUUAAAACUCAGUCAGCUCGUAUGACCUUUACACCAAAAGGAGUAUACUACAGCGCUGCAGAAGCAGGAUGUCGAGAUGUAGCCAAUGAGACAUAGAAGUAUUCAGCAUCAUACAGACAGACAGUAUAGUGUGCUGAGUGUGAUGCUACACGUCUAGAAUAUGAAUAAGAUGCAUAGAGCUAGUUGUUAGUCUGUGAAGUUUCAUAAUUAGUCUGACACACAGAGUUUGGUAGCUAGUUUCCUUCCUUUUUUCUGGUAAAGUUUACAUAAUUUGUUUGUGGCAGAUAAAACUGAUUGUAUUUUAAUUAAGCACUUUUUAAUAACUUCUAUAUACCACCAGCCUUACCCACCCACAGUUUUGUAUAUCUCAGUGAUUUUCCUACAAUACAUUUGAUGCGUCCUGGGACGCAUUUGAGGAGGUUGGG